AUGGCUUCUAGGAUGUUGUUGCAUUGGCGCUAUUUGCUUGAUAUUCGUUCUCUGACUGUGGUGGUCCUUUUUUUCAUGCACUCAUUUGCCGUGUAUGAAUGCGCCAUGAAGGGGCAUCGAGAAAACAGAGAGGACUCGCGUAGAACGGGGAAUUCAUUGACGGACACAGACGAUGACGUACUCAUUGUGGGGCCCAUUUACUCUAUUCGGGUUCACUUUCUUCGCCAUUGGCCAACAGGCGGAGAAACUCGGGAUUGUGAGGCUGUGGCACGUGCUGUGUCGCCAGCGGACGUGUUAAUUUUGGCCUUUCCUGAAGGCAUUUCCUUGAACCAAACGGAGGUAGUCAAGCAUUUUGUUUUGCUGCAACGCUGGCCAUGGAUCACGCCGUGGAGCCCGUCACCCGGCAUUGGGUUUAAUAGUACGCAUUCACUACCGGAACGAAUUUUAUCUUUUGCUGAGAGGGAAAGGAGCCCCGUCCCGGUCAUAUUUCGUCUCCGUGAAAUUUCAGCAUUUCUGGGCGCGAAAUUGACCGCGCCGUUGGUGUACUCUCGCUCAGGCGCUGACUCCAUCGCCGCUUGUUUUCUUCUUGAGAAAGAACCUUCACACAUUCCUAUUCCCUCUGAUGGAACUCCGCAAGAAGAAAUAAUGGCUGACAAAAACACCUCACACAUUCUUGCGAUGGCGGCCAACUGGAGUCGCGCACACAACGCCAGCUUCUCACUUUUUAUUUCUCCGUGUCGCACGAACCAAGUGCAUGUAUGGGACAAACGCCAUUUUCACUUUAUGGAAAAUACCACCCUAUGGUGGGUGUGCGCUGCGUCCGAUACAUUCAUUGAGCUAAAUGUUGCAGCAAAGUUGGUCACUGCUAUUUCUGAGGUGUAG